AUGAGCAUAUCGAUAGAAGAAGCAAAGAAUUUGACACAAUCUUACAAUAAUGAAAACGCUAGACCUGUACCCCCAACACCACCACCACGUCGACGCCCAGUACCUGAAUUGGAAUCAAAAUCAAACAGUAUUAUUAAAGAUGAUAUCGAAGAAAACUAUACAAUAUCGAAAAUAAGGCUAUCCAAUCCAAACCUUCAACCAUUAUCAUCAAAUGAGAUUCAACAUCUCAAAAAGAAUGGAAGGCACAGUAUUCAGGCGCUACCCACUAUACCAUCAUCCAAAAGUUCAGAAUUUCUCACAAGGCAUCACUCAUUUGGAUCUAACGAAAACAAAUCGAUAUUCAGAAGUAGGAGCUUACUACGCUCGGGUACAAAGCAGAAACUCGAAUCGUCAUCUAAUUCUCAGGAUUUUUGGAAAUAUCAUAUACUUGAGUUUGGUAAUGGUCUUUACCUCACAUGCAAUCCAGAUUCAAAACAUAUAUAUUGUCGUAAUGCACCAGGAUUCUAUAUUGAGAUUCAGUAUCCAACAUUGCAAAGUGGAAGAAAAGACAGUACAGGUAAAAAUGGAUUUAGAAUGGUAUUUAAAAAUCAAGUGGAUGGUGAUGUCUUCUCAACCGUAACGAUGGAAGGUGAUAAAUUUGAGAUUAAUUUAUUGAGUAGAUAUUACUUAACAGAAGAUGGAACACUUGAGAUUAAGGAAGGAGAUGUCCAAAGUUAUCAUCAUAAAACAAAGAACAUUGAUCUCAAGGAGUUACAAGGAAAAUAUAUUGAAAGUCAAUCAAAACUUGUGAGAUAUGAAUUGGAAGAUAUUAAUAAAGAUAAAUGGUAUUUGGGGUCUAUACCUCAGUUCAAAAGUGCAACAAAACUAAAAAAUAAAAGGUAUAUUUAUUUCCAUGAACCAAAAGGUAAAAUUUUAGCAUGUUUUAGACCACAAGAAGUGAGAGCCAAAAAGAAGUUGAUCAAAAAAUUUAACAGAUCUUUACAAUCAGGUUCAAAUGGAUUUUACUACGAUGAAAAUAAUUCAGAUGAUACAUCCGGUUCCAGUGAAACGAUAUAUUAUUCACCAGGUGAUGGCGUUUUCCAACAGGACCCGCCUGAUGAUUCUCCUAAUGAUGUCAAACUUGGGUGGAUCACUAUAUACGAUGAUUUCAAUAAAUUGAAAAUACCUGGAAUGUGGGAGAUAACCUUGGGAUUCACAUUAGCUGCUGGUUUUUCACAAAUACUAGAGGAAAAUAGAAACGUAAAAAGAUUUAGCACUUAA